AUGUUGAAGAGUCCGAGCGCUAUACAGACAUCGGUGCCUGUAACAGAGGGACCGGGUGCAGCUGCCUCCAGUGCUGCCAGUCCUGGGCCAGCAACCAGGAAAAGCCCUGUGGCUCCCGACCGCCAGAGAACACGGCAAGCCCACACGAUAAAACUAACUCCAGGCAUGUGGUACUGGAAAGAUGAUACUAACACACUUGAAUUUGCAAGCUCCAGUCCAGCAGCUGAGGAAAAACUUAAGGAAGGAGGAAAUACUCCCUUUCAGGAAAUGCAUGUCAAGACAUUAAAGAGCAUCUUCCAAGAUGAUUGCAGUGCAACACUCCCUGAAAGAAGGCUGGCUGACACAGAAGGAAAAUUGCAUAGGCUGUCAAAGUGGGUACAACAUGAAUAUGUGACGUUGGAUGAUGUAAAAUAUGCUGCUUUGCUUUUGAAAGAAGCAAAUGAGUCACUUCACAUGCUAUCAUUUGCCACAGUUAUGAGGAAUGAGAAGCUAGAUGAGUUCCUCAUGGCCCUGCUCUUCUACCUGUCUUUUUACCUGGAAAAAAUUGCCUUGGAAAAGAAAUGCAGAACCUUGAUUUCGACUAUGAUAUUUUUAGAGAAGAAAGAAAUGGACGAUGUGUUGUCAAAGUUAGCGGUGGCCAGGAUUCACCUUGCCAAGGUGUACUGUAACCUUAUUCUCAAACGAGGCAUGGCAUGGCAGCAUCACAUGCCUGGUGGAAAGAGAAAAACAUCAUUGCAGAAAGAUCGGGGCUUCUUUGAGGGCUUCUACAACUUCUGCAGCUAUGUGGCUUGGCUUGUGUUCAGACGGAAGCACUUCCAAGUGAUUCGGGAAGAAAUCGGCAGGCUUCUUUGCUCCAACAUGUUCAAUCCCGCCUUAAGAGACAGGAGCAAUGCUGACUUGCAGAAAGCAGGAGACCGGACUGCUGAUGCAGAUACAGUGCGGUUGCCAUAUCUGAGAAAAGUCCAUGCCAAGCAUCAUUCCAUAAACAGCAUGGUUCACCAGCGCUCACCAGUGCUCAGGACGCUGCUGCCCUUACCAAAAGACAGUGCUCAAUAUCGCUCCCAGAACCACUUCUGCCGGGGCAGAGACCCUCAACCCUGCAGAUGUGAUGGACUGCCGGACUUCUCAGAAUUGUUCACUACCAAGGUGGGCAUCAUUGGGGCGCAUUGUAGUGAGUUGAAAUCUUUUAUGACCAUGCCUGAAGAACAAGAACAAGAACAAGAACAAGAACAAGAACAAGAACAAGAACAAGAACAAGGAAGAAUAACAAGUGUUUUCUCCAUCCUGACAAAUUACCUCAGUUUGCCACCUCUGAGAAGCCGCCGGAACAGGCUUGGCAGUCGGAGCACCGUCCUCACAAGAGCAAUGGCAGAAGGCGACUGUAAUCAGAGUAACUAG